GAGGCAACUUUAAGCGGGGGCCAAGUUGCACUCUCUCCCUCCUUUCUUUCGUAGAUUUUAUUUAUGAACUCCGAAAGGAGAAGUUCGCAGAUAAAGAAAGGCCCUUCCUUUUUUUCGUGCGUGCGUUCUCCGCCUUUUUAAGUCUCCCCCUGCUCCCUCCCCUGCUGCGAGCCCCCAAGCUCUGUUCCCACCUCGGAAAACCUCUGUUUCUCUCCGCCUCUCUCUCGAGCGUUCACCCAUUCUCCCCUGGAAGCUUGAGACAGGGGACGGGAGGAGCCGCCGAGAGCUGGCGAGAGGUGGAGAAGAUACAUCUCGGCCUUCCGCACGCGCUUCCAGACGCCUCGGCGGCGCGUGUUCCGCGGGCUUCGCUCGUCUUCGUACGAGCGCGAGGCCGGGGAUAAGGCAGCUUUCGGAAACAGGGCGAGGUAACGGUCGAUUGAUGAUGGGUCGGGAAGCGAGGCCGCGGAGGAACGGUGGUGGUGGCGGCGGGCUCCUGCUGUUAUUGCUGUUGGCGGCGGCCGCGGCGGCGACGGCACAGACCGCGGCGACGGCGGGGCGCGGCGGCGAGGCCGCGAGCCGCCGGCGGAACGCCUACGCGACGAUGAUGUACAUGGGGACGCCGAGGGACUACGAGUUCUACGUGGCGACGCGGGUCCUCGUCAGAUCGCUCGCGCGGCUCGAGGUCGAAGCCGAUUUCGUCGUCAUUGCCUCCGUCGACGUGCCCGCCCGCUGGGUCCGAGCUCUGGAAGAGGAAGAUGGUGCAAAGGUGGUAAGCGUGAAUAACCUCAAUAAUCCGUACAAGGAUCAGCCUCAUUUCGAUCGCAGAUUCAAGUUGUCCCUGAACAAGCUCUAUGCGUGGAACUUGGUAGACUAUGAGAGGGUCGUCAUGCUCGACGUGGACAACCUCUUCCUUCGAAAGGCUGACGAAUUGUUCCAAUGUGGCCAGUUCUGUGCCGUGUUCAUCAAUCCUUGCAUCUUCCACACUGGCCUCUUCGUGUUGCAGCCGUCAGCUGGGGUGUUCAAGGACAUGCUUUAUCAGUUGGAAGUUGGUAAAGCGAAUCCAGACGGUGCAGAUCAGGGUUUUAUCGGUGGCUACUUCCCUGAUUUGCUCGAUCAGCCCUUGUUUCAUCCACCUGCGAAUGGCACCAAGCUCGAUGGAAAAUAUAGGCUUCCUUUGGGUUACCAAAUGGAUGCUUCCUACUACUAUCUUAGACUUCGGUGGAACAUCCCCUGCGGUCCAAACAGUGUGAUCACUUUCCCAGGUGCACCGUGGUUGAAGCCAUGGUACUGGUGGUCGUGGCCUGUCCUUCCUUUAGGAAUAUCUUGGCACGAGCAGCGGCGUAAUACUCUUGGGUACAGCGCGGAAAUGCCUUCGCUGAUCCAAACUGUGUUUUACCUAGCUGUGAUUGCAAUGACUCGUUUGGCACGGCCAAACUUCUCCAAGCUGUGCUACAGGCGGACUGACAAGAACACCUCCUUAAUCCAGACAGCCCUUAAAUUGGUAGCCAUCUGGUCCAUCCUCGCAGCGUACACUGUCCCAUUCUUCCUCAUCCCUCACACGAUUCAUCCCUUGCUGGGUUGGAGCCUCUAUUGUCUCGGGUCUUUCUCUCUCUUAUCCAUCACGAUCAAUGCCUUUUUGCUUCCCACUCUAACGAUCCUGGUCCCAUGGUUCGGGAUCAUCGGGGCCCUCUUCGUCAUGGCGUUUCCUUGGUAUCGGGACGGUGUUGUGAGGGCGCUUGCCGUGUUCGGCUACGCAUUCUGCUGCGCGCCUCUGGUGUGGACAUCCUUGGUGAAGGUCACGACGAGCCUUCAGGUAUCGCUCGAGAGAGAGGGUUUCCUCCCGAGAUUGGGCGAGCAAUCCCCAUCCCAGGGGUUCAACAAACUGUACUGAAGGCGCACGUUUUGGACAAACACCUGAUGUUUAUAUAGGAUUGCAUCGAGAAGGGAAUUCCACGAGGAAAGAGCACGGGUUCGGAAGCUGCCGGUCGGAGCAGUGGAGAUCAAUGUGGGGGGAAGUUUGACAUUUUUUGUACUUCCUGCAUUCUGUACCAUAAUUUUUUUGAAAGAUUUAUUGAAACAGGAAAGGUUGCUUCUAUUGUGCUAAAUUUGUUGCAUUAUUAUUCUUCGGUGAACUGUUCCUAUGGGCAUCUAGUGAGGAUAGGGAUACAAUGCAUGGGAGAUUGAACUUGAAAUGACCAUUUAUUCUAGGAAAAUUUGUAACCAA